AACUGCAUUUGCUGCUGCCAUCUCAGCCCGAGAGUGUCUGUAAUUGAAUUAUCCAAUUCAGGAGCUAUGCCUCGCGGUGACUUCAGUGUUCGUUUUGCCAGCAGAGGACGUGAUUAUUUCAUCAGAGCAGAGGAAGCUGCAGGUAUUGCUGUACUUGCGAUUGUCCUUACUGCUCUGUUCAUUCUGGGCUGCUGGUACUACCGUAAACGCAGUGGGUACAGAAUAAUUAGGAACUCCAGAAUCCCAAGUCUGUCCUGGAGGGACAUCAUGAGGUCGGGACAGUACAGUGAAUCGGGAAGAGCACCAGAAAGUAAAAUAGGUCUUAGUGAUUUCAACAGCAUCCAAUCCACGUUCCCUAACGCUCCACCAGCCUAUGACAAGAUCGCCUCUGGACCAUUACCACCACCCUACUCACCCUGA